AUGUUUCAACUUCCAAUUAUUGUAGACGGUGAUUGCGAUUCACGAUUCGAUAAAGUCAAACAAGUUUUCCACAAUAAUUUUAUACAGCGAUGGGAAAGUGAGGGAGCAGCAUUCGCGGUAUAUUUCAAAGGAGAAAAAGUGGUUGACCUAUGGGGCGGAUAUGCAGAUUCAACAUCACAUCGAAAGUGGAAGAGUGAUACAAUGACACUUUUGUUCAGUGGUACUAAGAGUAUAUGCGCGAUAUGUUUUGCGAUGUUAGUUGAUCGUGGCCUGAUUGAUUAUAAAGAUUUGGUCACCAAACAUUGGCCUGAGUUUGGACAAAAUGAUAAGGAAAACAUUACUAUUGAAAUGUUACUUUCACACCAGGGUGGACUAGCUUAUGUGGACAAUGUAAUUGAGGAAUCGGAUAUUAGGGAUUGGAGACGCAUGUCGAAAAUUUUUGAAGAUCAAAAACCAAACUGGAUACUGGGUAAAGAAGUCGGUUAUCAUGCUCUAACAUUUGGUUGGUUAGUUGAUCAGUUGAUACGGAGGGUUGAUCUUAAGAAACGUUCAUUGUCGCAAUUUUUCAAGGAGGAAAUAGCUGAACCACAUGAUCUCGAUCUGAUUAUUGGUGCUCCUGUGGAAUUAGAAUACAGAAUAGCACGUCUAAAUUUGGGGUCAAAAUUCCUAACUGCUCGAGAGAUAAUUGAAUAUCCGACUCUGCUUAGAAUGUUUUGGAAUAGUUUGUUCACGCCGAUCAAUUUUGAAAAUCGAAUGUUGCGUAAUGUACAAAAAAAUUUUUCUUGGAUGGGAAGAAAUGCCACGAUGUUCAACAAUCCUGAAAUUCGAUCUUUGGAUAUACCAGCGGCAACUGGUGUGGGUACUGCUCGGUCAUUCGCAAAACUUCAUGCAUUGGUUCUCGGAGGAAAACUGAUGAAAGGGACAACUGUAGAGCAGCUAUUUCUCGACCCUACAGUUUGGAAUCAAACGGACUUAGUCUUAUCGGUUAAUGUAUCAUUCGGAAAAGGAUUCACCUAUACUAAGAACUUCCAAGAUCAAUGGCUAGUCGGUCACCCAGGACUAGGUGGUCAGAAUGUUAAAAUGGAUUUAACAAAUGAAGUAGCAUUUGCAUACCUCUGCAACGGCUUAAAGGUUGGCCAUUCUGAUUUAACGGUGACAUUUAUGCGACUACAAAAUGCACUUUACGAAUGUCUCCGCGAAAAUAAUUUGUUGAAAGAAAUCCCAGAAGAAAAAAUUGGAAAAAAUUCUAAAACUGUGACAGGAAGAAACAGCUCAUUGGAUGCUCCAUCCAAAUAUCAUCAAGAACCUAGCGUUUCAACGUCGCUUGAAAACAAUACAAUUCUGACUUCUGAUACAUGA